AUGCCCGCAAACACAGAGAUUAACAUAUUUGUCACUGGAGCAACUGGUUAUAUCGGAGGAGCAGUACUCCUCAGGUUGCUUCGUCAUCCCAGAAUCAGCGACUUCAAAAUCACUGCCCUUGUACGGUCGCCGGACAAGGCUGAAAAGCUCAAAUCGUUGGGUGUGACCCCAGUCGUUGGUUCUCUAGAUGACUCCGAGUUACUGAAGAAAUUAUGUUCCGAGUCCGAUGUCGUCAUGUCGAUGGCUGAUGCCGACCAUUUCGCCUCUGUACAAGCAAUGCUGAGCGGACUGAAGACUAAGUUCGAGGCAACUGGCACGCCCCCCAUCUUAAUUCAUACCUCUGGAACUGGUGUCCUGAUGGACAAUGCUGGCGGUAUGUACCAGUACGAUACGGUCUGGAACGACGCAGAUCCAGAGCAAAUGGCUACACUUCCUCCGACCCAGAUCCACCGCGAUGUCGAUCUAGUAGUCGUGGGCGCCGACGAAGAAGGGUACGUCAAAUCGUACAUCGUAUUACCUUCGACUAUAUGGGGAAUCGCACAAGGCCGCCUGGUUGAUCUCGGCAUAUCUAACAAUCAAUCUAUGCUGAUCCCGGGUCUUGUUCGGCCCAGCCUCGAUCGGAAGCAGGGAGGAAUGGUGGGUCUUGGAAAGAAUCUGUGGCCUAACGUGAACAUAGAAGAGCAGGGAGAUUUUUUCAUAAUCUUGCUCGAUGCGGUGCUCACCAAGCAAGAUACUGGACACGGUACCAACGGCUACUACUUCGGCGAGAGCGGCGAGCACUCUCUGUACGAUGUCGGGAAGGCGAUAGCCGAAGCCCUUGUCGAUUUAGGCAUUGGGCAAAGCCGUGAACCUACUACUUUCACGAAGGAGGAAAUCGACAAGUACUUCCGAGGGAGAACGCCUAUAGGUAGCAAUUCGCGCUGCCGUGCAAAUCACUCCCGUUCCCUCGGCUGGAACCCGCAAAAGAGCACCGCAGACAUGCUUGCUAGUAUCCGGGCAGAAGUGGAGUACAUGUUGAAGGUCUAA